AUGCUUAGUCUCAUUGAGCUGCCUUAUCUCCCGGUAACUCGCACUCUCAGUUUCUCUGUUGCCCAACGCUACCCUACCGGAAGAGAGAACUACUCUAGCAAAAUGACCAAGAACGUGGAAGCUCAAUUCUCUCCGACCUCACCUGACGACAUCCGCGACGUCCUCGGUAAAUUCUUCGAUCGCUGCAAAAUUCCUUAUGACGAGCUACCCUACGACGUCGACUUGCACAACCUCUGCAUUGAGGAGGCGCAUAAAUUCGGAUAUCCGGUCGACCCCUCUUCCGACGUUCCGUCGAUCUUGAAGGCGCUUCCAGCAGGUGUAGCGAUCGCCGCGACAGCCUACGCUCACCUCCACAACCGCGACAUCCAAGUCUUCAUCGCGCUUUUUACCGGCUUCCUCGUUUACCUCGAUGAUUGCGUCACUCACAGCGUCAGCGGGGUCGACAUGUUCGUUGAACGUUAUAUAUCAGGGCAGCCGCAGGAGAAUGACGUCCUGGAGUCGCUUGCGUUCUUCCUUCGUGGGACGUACGUCCAUUACACUGGGAUCCAGGCUAAUAUCAUCAUGACUUCGACGUUGAACUUCAUCACGUCGGUCGUCUUGGAGAAUAAGACUCAGACCAUGCAGCCAUCUCCAGACGCCCAUGGAUAUCCCACAUUUGCUCGAUAUCUAUCUGGAGUCAGCGAGGCUUACGCGUUCUUUGCCUUCCUACCCGGCACCCCUCUAAGGGAUUACAUUCAAGCCCUCCCCGAGAUGUCAAUGUUCAUCAAUUGCACCAACGACAUUCUCUCGUUUUACAAAGAGGAGAGGGACGGCGAAUCGUUCAACUACAUCUCGAUUCAAGCUGGCUUCCGUGGCAAAUCCAAACUCGAGGUCUUCAAAGCUCUAGCGGAUGAUGUGGCGACUUGUUUGGAACACAUCAUGCGAAUCAUUGAUACAAACGAAGACGCCAAGGCAGCUUUUGGCGCCUUCGCCCAGGGAUAUGUCUACUUCCACACCUCGCUACAAAGGCGCUACCACUUGGAUGAAUUAUUUUCUGUCUGA